AUUAAUUAUUAAGGCGUUGGAUGAAUACAAGUUCACAACACAACUAUCUAUUUUCUGGUUCCAAAUCCGAGGCCUCGAAUCUUGAUCUCUACUUGAAGUAUUGAAUGUACUUUGUGCGUUUUGUACGAAUAAUUUUACCAAACGAUCGCUGAACGCUGCCACUCGUUUUUAGACGUUAAAGGUAAGCAUACCGACCAAUACUGUAAUUAUGGGAGCUGCCGCUUUACCAGUUUUAAUUUUCACUGCUUUCUGGGGUGUGGUCGGCAUUGUGUUACCAUUCAUCAUUCCAAAAGGACCAGACCGAGGCGUUCAACAACUCGUGUUGAUGAUGACAGCAGCAACCUGUUAUUUGUUUUGGCUGUGUUGUUAUAUGGCUCAAAUGAAUCCACUAGUUGGGCCAAAAUUGAAUCAACAUACAAUUCUAAUAAUGGCCCGUGAAUGGGGAAAUUUAAUACAGUAAUGCCGAUAUUGAAGAGAAAUGAAAAAUUAAUCAUAAGUUAUUUGUUAAUAUUUAAUCAUUCCUUUUUUUUUUUAGUUCUUUUUAAAUUAUCCAUUAUUUACUUAUCUGUUAUACACUUUUAGAUUUCGAUAGAACCACUGGAGAACAUGGAUCAUUCUAAACUGUUUUAGUUAUUUGUGUAAUAUGUAUAAAAUAUAAUUUUAAAACUUAAAGAGUAUUUUAAAUUUUAAUACAACAUCAAACCAAUUUA